UUACAGGAAGUUAAAUCAACCUCUACUCACAUUGAAGCCCCGCCUCCUGCUCAGACCCUCCGUUGGGUUCCAACAGGUGAGCAGACGUCAGACAGACUGAGAGCUUCAGAGAGUCAGUGAUUCCUGCAGAGGAGCACAAAGGUAAUCGGCUGAUUGACUGUCUAAAAGAGAGAACUGGUCACCGCUGGAGUGAAGUGGGAGAUUCAUCGGACCCCACAGGGCGAGCUCAUGUCCCCCACAAAAUGUAAUACAGUCAACAAUCCAUGAUAGUGAAUGCCUGUUUUUCCUUACCAGCUCAUUGUGUCUCUGUACAGGAUGCAGUGACUCUCAUUAAGCCGACAGGGGAUGUUCACUUUACCCAGCAAUGACAACUUUACACUAUUUCCAAUGUGGCUCAUGCUGCAUUCCUAAUUUUGUCGGAUAAAUGUUUCAAAUCCACAAUUCCUUGUUGGGUCCAAGCCGUGUCUCCUCCAAAAAGCAAACAUGGGAAACAGAAAAGUGAAUUCCUAGCUACACUUGCUGUUAGCCAGUCCGUUAGCUGAAACCACGUAACACAAAAUUACGUCAUUACGUUUGUCCUUUUGUGUUAUUUGAACAUCGUUUGGAUGAUGUGUUCCAAUCUCUGUACUUCCAAUUUUUCCUCCAAAGACUUCAAAGAAAAUUGAUUAGAAAGUAAAUAAUCCACCUUGUUCAUGUUCAUGCUAACAACAACAGUACAGCAACAACAGUAGCAACAACUACACUAAUAGUAGUGACUGAUGAUGAUGAACAUGAAGAAGAUGAUGAUGAUGACGAUGACAACAACGAUGGGGGACAAUGAGCAGUGACAAUAGUAAUAAUAGUAUCUGUUGUAAUAAUAAUAGAAACAAUAAUAAUAACAAUAACAUCAGUGAUAUUAGCAAUGGCAGUCAAGCAGGACCAUGGCAGGAGGCUCCACCAGGAUCGAUAAGAACCUGCGAGGCGAGAAAGCACAAGAACUCCGGGGAAGAAGUGAACAGGAAUAUAAGAUGUCUACACCGACACGUGAAGAGCAGCUCCUGAGAGCACUGAAGGAUCUAGGAGAUGAUGAGCUAAAAGAGUUCAAGUGGUACCUGCAAAAGUCGGAGGUCCUGGAACGCUUCCCAAUAAUCCCAAGGAGCCGUCUAGAUAAAGCAGACCGGCCAGAUACAGUUGAUCAGAUGCUACAGACCUACUGUGAGAACACUCUGGAAGUGACCAAAAAGGUUUUAAGGAAGCUAGACAGGAAUGAUCUAGUGCGGAUUUUAUCAGACCCAAACUCAGAACCAGUAACAGAGGAAUUUGCUGAGUGCCAGAAAAAUCUAAAAUCCAACCUGAUGAAAAAGUUUGAGAGUUCAUCUGAGAACCUUAAAAAAAGAGGAAAAUCUAAAGUUCAAGAUGAUAUCUACACAGAAAUCUACCUGACAAUAGAAGACAGUACAGAGGUCAACAUGGUACAUGAGAUCAUACAAAUUGAAACAGCAUCCAGGAAACCAGUCAGAACAGACAAAAUGAUGAGAUAUGAAGACAUCUUUAAAGCUUCACCUGGAAGAGAUGAACCAAUCAGAACAGUGAUGACAAAGGGAGUGGCUGGCAUUGGGAAAACAGUCUUAACACAGAAGUUCACUCUGGACUGGGCUGAAGACAAAGCCAACCAGGACAUACAGUUCAUAUUUCCAUUCACUUUCAGAGAGCUGAAUGUGCUGAAAGAGAAAAAGUACAGCUUGGUGGAACUUGUUCAUCUCUUCUUUACUGAAACCAAAGAAGCAGGAAUCUGCAGGUUUGAAGAGUUCCAGGUUGUGUUCAUCUUUGACGGUCUGGAUGAGUGUCGACUUCCUCUGGACUUCCACAACACUGAGAUCCUGACUGAUGUUACAGAGUCCACCUCAGUGGAUGUGCUGCUGACAAACCUCAUUAGGGGGAAACUGCUUCCCUCUGCUCGCCUCUGGAUAACCACACGACCUGCAGCAGCCAAUCAGAUCCCUCCUGAGUGUGUUGAAAAGCUGACAGAAGUCAGAGGGUUCACUGAUCCUCAAAAACUGGACUAUUUUCAAAAGAAAUGCAAAGAUGAGAAGCUUGUCGGCAGAAUCAUCUCCAACAUCAAGACAUCACAAAGCCUCCACAUCAUGUGCCACAUCCCAGUCUUCUGCUGGAUCACUGCUACAGUUUUGGAGGAUGUGUUCAAAACCAGAGAAGGAGGAGAGCUGCCCAAGACCCUGACUGAGAUGUACAUCCACUUCCUGUUUGUGCAGUCCAAACUGAAGAACAUCAAGUAUAACAAAGGAGCUGAGACAGAGCCACAGUGGAAUCCAGCAAACAAGGAGAUGAUUCAGUCACUGGGAAAACUGGCUUUUGAGCAGCUGCAGAAAGGCAACCUCAUCUUCUAUGAAUCAGACCUGACAGAGUGUGGCAUCAAUAUCAGAGCUGCCUCAGUGUACUCAGGAGUGUUCACACAGAUCUUUAAAGAGGAGAGAGGACUGUACCAGGACAAGGUCUUCUGCUUCGUCCAUCUGAGUGUUCAGGAGUUUCUGGCUGCUCUUUAUGUCCAUCUGACAUUCAUCAACUCUGGAGUCAAUCUGCUGGCAGAAGAACAAACAACAUCAUGGAUGUCUAAACUAUCGCGGCGGAAAUCAAAUCUCUACCAGAGUGCUGUGGACAAGGCCUUACAGAGUCGAACUGGACACCUGGACUUGUUCCUCCGCUUCCUCCUGGGUCUUUCACUGGAGACCAAUCAGACUCUCCUACGAGGUCUGCUGACACAGACAGGAAGUAGCUCACAGAUCAAUCAGGAAACAGUCCAGUACAUCAAGAAGAAAAUGAGCGAGAAUCUGUCUCCAGAGAGCACCAUCAAUCUGUUCCACUGUCUGAAUGAACUGAAUGAUCGUUCUCUAGUGGAGGAGAUCCAACAGUCCCUGAGUUCAGGACGUCUCUCCACAGAUAAUCUCUCUCCUGCUCAGUGGUCAGCUCUGGCCUUCAUCUUACUGUCAUCAGAAGAAGAUCUAGACGUGUUUGACCUGAAGAAAUACUCUGCUUCAGAGGAGUCUCUUCUGAGACUGCUGCUAGUGGUCAAAGCCUCCAACAAAGCUGUGCUGAGCUUCUGUAACCUCUCAGAGAGAACCUGUAAAGUUCUGUCUUCAGUUCUCAGUUCCCAAUCCUCUAGUCUGAGAGAGCUGGACCUGAGUAACAAUGACUUGCAGGAUUCAGGAGUAAAGCUGCUUUCUGCUGGACUUGAGAAUCCACACUGUACUCUGGAACAUCUCAGGCUGAGCGGCUGUAACUUGUCAUGGAGAAGCUGUGAAACUCUGUCUUCAGUUCUCAGCUGCAAGACCUCCAGUCUCAGACAGCUGGAUGUGAGUAACAAUGAACUGCAGGAUUCAGGAGUUCAGCUUCUAUCUGCUGGACUGGAAAGUCUACAGUGUACACUGGAAACUCUCAGUCUGUCAGGUUGUCUGAUCACAGAGGAAGGCUGUGCUUCUCUGGCCUCAGCUCUGAGCUCCAACCCCUCCCAUCUGAGAGAGCUGGACCUGACCUACAACCAUCCAGGAGACUCAGGAGUGGCUCUACUGUCUGCUGGAGUGGAGGAUCCACACUGGAGACUGGAGACACUUAAGGUGGACCAUGGUGGAGAGCAGAGGUUAAAACCUGGUCUGAGGAAGUUUGCUUGUGAAUUGGAGAUGGAUGCAAACACUGCACACAGAAACCUGAAACUCUCCGACAACAACAGGAAGGUCAAGGUGGUAAGAGAGGAGCAGCCAUAUCCUGAUCAUCCAGAGAGGUUUGACUGCUGCUGCUGGCAGCUGCUGUGCAGAAGUGGUCUGACUGGGCGCUGUUACUGGGAGGUGGAGAGGGAAGGAAGUGUGGUCAUAGCAGUGACUUACAAAAGAAUCAGCAGGAGGGGGAAGAGUGCAGACUGCAGGCUCGGCUGGAAUGAUCAGUGCUGGAGUCUGAUCUGCACUGAGGAGGAUUAUUCUUUCUGGCACAACAAGAGAGUCGUCACUAUCCCUUUCUCAAAGUUCUCCUCCCCCUACUCCUCCUCCUACUCCCCCUCUUUCUCUUCCUCCUCUGGUAGAGUAGCAGUGUAUGUGGACUGUCCUGCUGGCACUCUGUCCUUUUACAGAGUCUCCUCUGACACACUGAUCCACCUCCACACCUUCUACACCACAUUCACUGAACCUGUCUACCCUGCCUUCGGGUUUGGGUUUGGGUGCUGGUCUUAUGACGCCUCAGUGUCUCUAUGUAACCUGUAGGAGUCUCCACACACACUCACUGCAGACUGAAAAUGCCGCUCACACACACAUCAAACUUUUAAAUUAAAUAUGACUGCAGACGGUCCAGUUAGCAACAAUAAAUACGUAACAUCCAGUUAGACUUAAAUAAAGCUUGCAUGGUUAUUGUUGUACAUUUUGGUUAGGUUUAGGAAAAGAUUGUAAGUUACAUCACAUAUCCAAUGUAACUUAAGUAUGUUCACAAAAGUCAACCAACUGAAACAGAAGCCUCCUGAGUCUGAGCCAUCCACCACUUCCAUAUGUGGUCUUUCUGUAGGGUCGGCUGUAUCUUGGAGGUAGAGCGUGUUAUCCACUAAUCAGAAUCAUGAAUGUUAGUUUCUGUUGUCGUAGGCUGUAGUGUAAAAGCGAUUUGAGUGGUCGGAAGACUAGAAGGGAAACUAUCCAAGUACAGUACAUUUUACCAUUUCUCGCUCAUUAAACCAGGUUACCUGACUUUGACGGCGGGUGUGUCCAUGAACCAUAAGCAAGAAGUAGAGUGUACCUUUAUAACAAUAUACAUCAUCACAUACACCGAUCAGCAGUAACACUGUGAGCACUGGACUCCCUGACUGGUCCCAAACCAACAGACUGCUCUGCACUGUGUGUUCUGACCACUUUUGAUAGGUACUGACAGACCGGGAACCUCCCACAAGAGCUGCAGGUUUGGAGAUGUUCUGACCGAGUCGUCCAUCACAAUGUGGUUCUUGUCAAAGUGGAUCAGAUCCUCACGCUGCCCAUUUUUUUCUGCUUCUAACACAUCAACUCUGUUCACUGUCUGCCUGAUAUUGUAAAGUUAGUAUGUGCUUUUACUGAUGGUUGUCAGACUGUGAGAACUGAGUGGAGCAGCAUUCUGUUAAAACAGAUAUUUCUUUUUAUAUUUUUUAUUAUUUUUAACUGUAUCUCUGAGUAAAAACUGCUCCAGGUCACAAAGAUUUUACACAUUAUUAAUCAAAGUUUUUGUUGUUGUGUUUGCUCAUUAUUAAUUGAUUAUUGUAGGUAGGACACAUGAAACCCUCUGCUGUCUCCAUCUGGACUAAGUCAUAAAUAAUCCUCAGAGUUUCAGUAUGAACUUAUUUGUUAUAAUGUUAGUUAACAGACAAUAAUAUUCCUGUUUUAAUCUAGUGGGGCAGAAAUUCAAAUGGUUUAAAUGUGAUAGUGUUUUUUUUAUAAGAUUGGGUUAAAUUCAUAUUUUAUUUUGUGUGUGUUUUUAUAUAUUGACACAAAUAUCAGGAUAUGUAAUCUGCACUAAAGAUUAAUGGCUCUGCAUGUUUGAUGGUCAGAACUGCUGGUGGAGCACUUCCAUCUUUUAUCUGUUUCAUUUAUCAUGUUUGUACUGGGUUUGUCUGUUGUCUGAGCUGUUUGUUGUUUUUAUAUUUUUGUUAAGAGGAAUGUAUUUUACUGCAAACCAAAUCUACCUACAGGUACAAAUAAAAUAACCAAACAAAA